AUGGUUCGUCUCCGCCGCCAUAGAAGGAGUCGCCGCCGCAAGUCUCGACGGUCUCAAGGGCCGGCAGAUGACAAGACAGGGGCGGUGCAGGGUUGGCUGGCUGCUACUGGCUGGUGCGUCUGGUCCGGCCGCGGAGAGGAGAGGCUCGCGGAGGUGAUGCUGCGUGAUGAUUGUUGUUGCUGGGUUAGGGUUUGGAGGAGAUGUUUGCGUUGGUUACUUGGCGGGGAUUGUACCCAGAUUGGCGACUAA